AUGGAACCAGCAGAGAAACCAUCGAUCAAACCGUCUUCUCGGACUCUCCCUAGAGACACUCGUGGCUCUCUCGAAGUAUUCAACCCAUCAACUUUCCCGACCAGACCUGAUAACCCCGUUUUCCGUCCAGAACCACCAACGUGGCAAAACUGGAGCGAUCCACGUGACAGCCCCCAACCCCAAAUCCAACCUCUGUCUGAACCAGCUCCCUCUAUUCCGGUUCGGUCUGAAGAAAUCGCCGUCACAACCUCAUGGAUGGCUCUGAAGGAUCCAUCACCGGAGAAAAUCUCCAAGAAGACGAUAACCACCGAGAAACCACAGGUUGCGGCAGUGGCAGCGGAGCAGAGAGCGGCGGAGUGGGGACUUGUUCUGAAGACUGAUACUAAGACGGGAAAGCCACAGGGAGUAAGCGUGAGGAACUCAGGUGGGGCAGAGAAUGAUCCGAACGGGAAAAAGACUUCGCAGCGAAACUCGAGCAAUUCUUGCCGGAGCUCCGGUGAAAUGUCAGAUGGAGAUGUCGCCGGCGGGAGAGGUGGGAUCCCGAGGGUCUCGGAAGAUCUGAAAGAUGCCUUGUCGACGUUUCAACAAACGUUUGUUGUUUCAGAUGCUACCAAACCUGAUUACCCGAUUAUGUAUGCUAGUGCCGGUUUCUUCAACAUGACCGGUUACACUUCGAAAGAGGUCGUCGGCAGAAACUGUCGAUUUUUACAAGGAUCAGGGACAGAUGCUGAUGAGUUAGCGAAGAUAAGAGAGUCAUUAGCUGCAGGAAAUAAUUAUUGUGGGCGUUUAUUGAAUUACAAGAAAGAUGGGACCUCAUUUUGGAAUCUUCUCACAAUUGCGCCGAUUAAAGACGAGAGUGGCAAAGUCCUCAAAUUUAUUGGAAUGCAAGUGGAGGUGAGCAAACACACUGAAGGAGCCAAAGAAAAGACUUUGAGACCCAAUGGGCUUCCUGAAUCUCUGAUUCGAUAUGAUGCCCGCCAAAAAGAUAUGGCGACUAACUCAGUAACAGAGCUGGUGGAGGCGGUGAAGAGACCUCGAGCUUUAAGCGAAUCAACCCAUAGCCAUCCCUUCAAGAGAAAGUCGGAGAGCGAUGAGCUUCCUGCAAAACCUGGCCGGCGAAUGUCUGAGAACGUCGUUCCAUCAGGACGGCGAAACUCCGGGGGCGGCAGAAGAAACUCGAUGCAGCGAAUCAGCGAAAAUCCCGAGAAGAAACCGGCAAAAACUUCUCGUCUUUCUUUCAUGGGGUUGAAGAAGAAGGGUCAGUCUCAAGACGAGUCUCUUGAAGAUGGAUUUAUAGAGUAUGGUGAAGAAGAUGACGAGAUUAGUGACAGAGACGAGAGACCAGAGAGUGUUGAUGAUAAAGUGAGACAAAAAGAGAUGAGAAAGGGUAUGGAUCUCGCAACCACACUCGAACGUAUCGAGAAGAACUUCGUCAUCACCGAUCCUAGGCUCCCCGACAAUCCCAUUAUUUUUGCGUCUGAUAGUUUCCUGGAGCUCACGGAAUAUAGCCGUGAAGAAAUUCUUGGCAGAAACUGCAGGUUUCUGCAAGGUCCAGAGACUGAUCCAACAACGGUAAAGAAGAUUCGAGCGGCUAUUGAUAACCAAACCGAAGUGACGGUUCAGCUCAUUAACUACACCAAGAGCGGGAAGAAGUUCUGGAACAUUUUCCACCUGCAACCUAUGCGUGAUCAGAAGGGAGAAGUACAAUACUUUAUCGGAGUGCAACUAGACGGGAGCAAGCACGUUGAGCCAGUUCGCAAUGUCAUUGAAGAAGUUGCAGUGAAAGAGGGCGAAGAGCUGGUGAAGAAAACAGCUGUAAAUAUAGAUGAGGCUGUACGAGAACUUCCUGAUGCCAACAUGACGCCAGAGGAUUUAUGGGCAAACCACUCAAAGAUUGUUCAUUCAAAGCCUCACAGGAAAGAUUCACCUUCAUGGAAAGCUAUCCAAAAGGUACUGGAGAGUGGAGAACAAAUUGGUCUGAAGCAUUUCAGACCGGUAAAACCUUUGGGUUCCGGUGACACAGGAAGUGUCCAUUUAGUGGAACUUAAUGGAACAGACCAGUUGUUUGCAAUGAAAGCAAUGGACAAGACCGUCAUGCUUAACCGUAACAAAGUGCAUAGAGCUAGAGCUGAGAGGGAGAUCCUAGAUUUACUUGACCAUCCUUUUCUCCCAGCACUCUACGCUUCAUUUCAGACAAAGACGCAUAUAUGUCUUAUAACGGAUUACUAUCCAGGAGGAGAACUCUUCAUGCUCCUUGAUCGACAACCUAGGAAGGUUCUCAAGGAAGAUGCCGUAAGAUUCUAUGCUGCUCAAGUGGUCGUUGCACUAGAGUAUCUUCACUGCCAAGGAAUUAUUUAUCGGGAUUUAAAGCCAGAAAACGUAUUAAUCCAUGGAAAUGGAGAUAUCUCCCUAACAGAUUUCGAUCUGUCUUGCUUGACAUCUUGCAGACCUCAGCUGUUGAUUCCGAGUAUAGAUGAAAAGAAGAAGAAGAAGAGUCAACAAAGUCCAGUCUUCAUGGCUGAACCUAUGCGUGCAUCAAACUCAUUUGUUGGCACUGAAGAGUAUAUUGCUCCGGAAAUUAUAACUGGGGCGGGCCAUACAAGUGCAGUAGACUGGUGGGCUCUUGGUAUCCUUAUGUACGAAAUGUUAUACGGAUACACUCCUUUUAGAGGAAAAACCAGACAGAAGACUUUCGCUAAUGUUCUUCAGAAAGAUCUGAAGUUCCCAGCUAGUAUUCCUGCAAGUCUUCAAGUGAAACAGCUGAUUUUUAGGCUGUUACAACGAGAUCCGAAGAAGAGACUAGGCUGUCUUGAAGGAGCAAACGAAGUCAAGAACCACUCUUUCUUCAAAGGCAUUAAUUGGGCUCUGAUUCGAUGCACGACUCCUCCGGAGCUCGAAACACCAAUAUUUCCUGGCGAAGCUGAAAACGGAGAGAACGUCGUGGACCCUGAACUAGAAGAUCUGCAAACAAAUGUUUUUUGAAAAUUUGAAUUGAACGAUUCUUGUUUUCUUAAAAAUGGUUUCAAGAACCUUUUGAAUCUCUUGCUGUCCCAAAGCUUCAAACGAGAGUGCAUGUUCUUUUCAUUUCGUUUUUUUCUUCUUCUUUGACCUAUUCGAUUGGUUUUCCUAAGUGUUUUUCAUUUCUUGUAAUAUGUGUCUAUUUGUGUGAUUUCCUGAGGAAUAUUUUAUCCUACAUUUCAAUAAAGCUAGUCUUUUCGUCUA